AUUCCAAAUAGCGCAGUAGUGUCCAUAAUUUUGGUAAUCUGUUUUUUAUCUGUUUUGCCUAUUAUCGAGGUCAUUGCAAGAUACGAGAAUAUUGUACAUUUUAUUCAACUCACAUAUACUACCCAUAUCCUCCCAAUAAUCUUGUGAUUAAUAUAUUCUAUCAGUUGUCGUUAAGGAAUUUUACCUAUCUGAGCGAUAAAAUGCAAUCUGAAGAAAAGAAAUACAUACUAAGUUUGGAUAUAGGAACAACGAAUAUACGUGCUCAUGUUUAUAACAAGGAUGCCAGAGUUAUUGGACAAGAUCAGGACAAGAUCAAAUUAUUAAGACCCCGCCCUGGUUGGACGGAAAUUGAUGAGGAGGUUUUAUUCGAACAAAUAAAAACUGUUGUUAAAAACGCCAUAAAAUCAGCUAAUAUCAAACCACAAAAUGUAAGCUGUCUUGGAAUAUGUGUACUACGCAAUACUUUUAUUACGUGGGAUAAAAAAACUGGUAAACCCUUUCAUCAUUUUAUCACCUGGCAAGAUUUAAGGGCAAGCGAACACGUAGCUGAGACAAAUAGAUCACUGAAACUAAGGUUGAAAGAAAGAAUUGCUGAAAAUAAAGUCUACUUUGGAACUAUUGAAACUUGGCUUUUAUGGAAACUAACUUGCGCAAUUUCAAUCGAAAGCGGUUACUUUGGAGACUGUGAAGAGGAAAUCUUUGGCGCUAAAAUUCCUAUUACGGCUGUAGUUGCAGAUCAACAAGGAGCUCUAUUCGGUCAAUGCUGUUUUAGCGAAGGUGAUUGCAAAUUAUCAAUGGGAACAGCUUCGUGUAUAACAGUUAAUACUGGCAGUAUCGUUCAUGCUUCUAUUACAGGACUUUAUCCUCUCAUUGGCUGGAAAAUUGGUGAUAAAAUAGUAUAUUUAGCGGAAGGGAUAAUUGCCGAUACUGGACGAGUUAUGGAAUGGUUAACCAAUGUUGGAUUUCUGAACAGCGUUUCAGAGUCAUCGGAUCUAGCUAAAUCAGUUUCCGAUACCAAAGGUGUUUUCUUUGUAGCUGCAUUUAGUGGAUUGCAAGCGCCAAUAAAUGAUGAUAGAGCUUCAACAAUGAUGAUUGGAAUAACUCACGAAUCGAAGAAAGAGCAUAUAGUUAGAUCCGUACUGGAAUCACUUGCAUAUAGAGUUAAAAAAUUAUAUGACUGUGUUAAAAGCGAAUCACCAGUGCCAAUGAAAAAUACUGUGGUAUGUGAUGGAGGAGUUUGUAAGAACGAUUUCUUGAUGGAGCUAAUCGCUGAUUUGAUUAAUUGCGAAUUAGACUUUCCAACUAAUAUGGAGAUGAGCUGCCUAGGAUCUGCUUUCUUAGCCGGCUUAGGGGCAGGUAUCUGGAAAAAUACUGAUGAAUUACAUUCCAUUCGACAACAACGAAAAAUAUUAACUCCAAGUAACAAUAAAGAUGAAAAAAUCCCAAUUUAUGAAAAAUGGCUAGAAGCAGUGAAGAGAGCUAAGGGCUGGUAUGAUUAUGUGCAAAUUUAG